UAAGGUUGGUAGUAUAGUGUUAUGUAGUUUGAAAACUAUUCACCUGUAUUACAAAUUUGUGAAUUUAUAUUUUAAAUGGGUAAUAAUUGACCGUUUUAUUGCUAUUUUCACUGUUUACUGUUCUACUUAAAUCUAUCAUAAUGCAUUUUGUGCAGAAAUAUAUAGAGAAAUUGCCUCUAAACAAAGCAAAUACGAAACAACCUACCGGCAAUAAACCAAACAUAUUGCUUUACUGUAAUUAUUAUAGUUUUUAUUCUCAGAAGGUUCUUAUGGCGCUUUAUGAAAAAAAUAUAAGCUUUGAACCAUAUAUCGUGGAUAUCACUAGAGGAGAACAGUAUUCAUCUUGGUUCCUUGAAAUAAAUCCUCGAGGAGAAAUCCCUGUGCUUAAAGUAAACGAUGAAAUAAUACCAGAUUCUACAAGAAUUUUGGAUUAUUUAGAGAAGUACUUAGAUCCUGAACUGCCUCCACUUAUCAAUGUGUCUACAGAUGACAAGGUAAUAAAGAAUAUAAAUAAAUUUAGAGAUCUUGUUGAAGCUCUACCAGCUGGAGUAAUAACUGUUGGUUCAUUUUUCCAUCCUCAUUUAUCUGGAAGACCCAAGUUUCCAUUUGUUUUGCCUGUGAGAGAAUUACUGAAACAUGGAGACAUGGGAAGUUCCCAAAAUUUAAGGAAGUUGGCUGAAGAGAAUCCUAAAGCCAAAGCUAUUCUGUUGUAUAAAGCUGAGAUACAAGAUAGGAAACACGAAAUAUUAGCAAAUGAAGAAGAAUACUUUAAAAUAUUGAAUGUUGUUGAUGAAGUACUAUCAAGAAUAGAAGAAGAAUUGAGGAACCAAACUGAAGGUAACUGGUUGUGCUGUGAAAACUUCAGCAUAGCUGAUAUUACCCUGGCUAUACUAUUACAAAGACUUUGGGAGCUCGGUCUAGAAAACAGAUAUUGGGCAGGUGGAAAACGGCCUUUGUUAGAGAAGUACUUCAACCAUGUCAAACAAAGAGAAUCUUUUAAACAAACUAUCCCUAACCUUCCUGUCCAUAUUAAAAUGAUUCUCUUUUCGCAACCAUCUGCUUACUUAGGUGUUGCAGGAGCUGCUUCUAUUGGUAUAGUUAUUGCUGCAGUGUAUAUCAUACGAAAAUUUGUUCAUUAAAAUUCUCUUAUUAAUGUUCUUAGCAAUUUGUAAUAAGUUUAGUUAUUUCAAACAUUAUUAUCGACCUUUAUCGACAUUAUUAUCGACUUUUAGUUGUUGUAGUAAAAAGUUUUAAUUUGCCUACUAACAUUAUAUAAAUUGUAAAAAAUAACAAACAGUAUUACAAAGGAUUUGAAAACUUUAUUCAUGUUAAGUAUUUUUAAAUAUACAUAAUAGAAUAAAUAAAAGCUUUCAAAAUA